GACUGUCCAGUUCCCAAGCUUCGGUCAACAUGAGCAGUUCGGUAUCUCGGGUCUCGAGGCUAAUAUAUUUUCUGCUGAUCUGCGUCGUAAAUGGCGCUGAUUAUCGGCUGGACGGUAGCGUCAUACCCUCAUACUAUAACCUGACCAUCGGCGUUUUGAGAGACCCGGCCGAGCCCACUCUUGAUGGUGAGGUGAGCAUAACUCUGCGGGUGGUCGGCCCACUGGAGGUGCCACAAAUCAUUCUACACGCCGACACGCUCGACAUAUCUGAAUGCUGGCUGCUGGAUGCGGUGGGGGUCCAGGUGGAGGCCAUCGAUAUCAGUCGGCUGAUUUAUGAGGCCGCCACCCAGCAUGUGAAAGUUCCGCUGACGCAGCCAGUGCAGCCCGGCCAGAAUUACACGCUCGGGUUUAAGUACACCGGACACAUACGGACGGACAUGGCAGGGCUCUUCUCCGCCAGCUAUGUGGAGGAGGUCACCAAUGUGACCAGGUGGCUGGCCGUCACCCAGAUGCAGCGCAUCAAUGCCCGCUUGGUCCUGCCCUGCUUCGAUGAGCCCGCCUUGACCAAGUUUCAGCUGCAGAUUAUCCGACCCAACGGCUAUCAGUCAAUUGGCAACACCAAGCUCAGGGAAACCACCGCGGCAAGCUCAGACCGAUUUGUUGAUCACUUCGAGGAAACCCCCGUCAUGUCCACAUAUCUGCUGUCUUUCAUGGUGGCCAGUUAUUCUGCCCGUGGAAAUGUUAGUGAUUUCGCUGUACUGACUCGCCCGGAGUUCUACAACCACACGGAGUUCAGCCACCAAGUGGGUCAGAGGGUUAUUCCAGCCUACGGGGAGUUGUUCCAGAUUCCAUAUGCAGAGCUGGGAAACGAGGUGCUUCAAUAUGCCAGUUCACCCAGGUUUCCACACAAUGGCAUGGAGAACUGGGGUCUUAUCAUCUACAGCGAUGAGGUUCUGAUCCAGGAAUCUGGUUACUCCGACGACUGGUCGAACAAGGAGUUUACCAUUCGUAUUAUCGCCCACGAGACGUCGCACAUGUGGUUUGGGGACAGCGUGACCUUCUCCUGGUGGAGCUACUUCUGGCUAAAUGAGGCCUUUGCCCGCUACUACGAGUACUUUAUGGCACACCAGCUCUAUCCCGAGUAUCACCUGGACGAGCAGUUUGUGGUGCGGCAAAUGCACCUGAUCUUUGCCACGGAUGCCCGGAACAGCACUCAGCCCCUGACGAGUCUGGAAUCGGAUAUCCAAACGCCCUCCGAGAUUGCAUACAAAUUCAGUGGGAUUGCCUAUGCCAAAGGAGCCUGCAUCCUGAGAAUGUGGCGAAAUAUUAUGGGGGAGCAGAACUUCGAGGGCAUCCAGAAUUACCUAAAGCAAUACCACUUGGGCAACACUGUACCAGAUAGUUUAUUAUAUCACCUUUCUGAGAACUGGCCAGCGAAUCAGGAAGUGGAUGUGGAACAAUUUUUCUACGACUACACGGAGCAGGUGGGCUUUCCCAUGCUAGUAGUGAGGUUACGUUCCGUCAAUGCCGUCACGGUGCAACAGGAUCGAUUCCUUUUGGAUUACACAGAUGGCAGUAGAGGUGGACUGAAGUACACUGUGCCCUUAACUUAUACCAGCAAUCUGGCACCCAAUUUCUAUAAUCUGACGCCAUCUAAGUAUAUGCACAAGAAUGAAAGGUACCAGCUCAUUGCUUUUGAUGAACCUAUUGAGUGGUUUUUGCUCAACUUGAGGCAGUCGAACUACCAAAGGGUUUUAUAUGAUUAUACCUUGAGAGAAGGUCUUCGGGUAGCCUUAUCCGCAUCGAAUCACAGUGGCAUUCCUGUUGAGAACCGGGCGCAACUUAUUGAUGAUCUCUUCAAUUUUGCCUAUGUUCGGUAUGUGCAAUACGAGGAGGUCUUUCAGUUCCUGGAGUACCUGAGUAAGGAGGUGGACUACGUACCCUGGUAUGCCGUCUAUGAAAACCUUAACCGAGUGGCAAAGCGACUGACCCCAGAACAGCUGCCCAGCUUCCGUAAUUACCUCUCCGACAUAACAAAGUCUGUGUUUGAGAAACUGGGAGUGGAGUGGAGUUCGCAGGAUACUCCACUGGAUGUGGCCAAUCGGAACAAGCUGGUCAAGUGGCUGUGCAUAUACCAGGUCAGCGGAUGCAGGAACAAGGUGAACGUCAAGUUUGUAACAUCUUCGGAACAACCAUCGCCGGACUACAGGGAAACCUUCUAUUGUGCAGCCAGCAGCAGUGACUUCAAUUCCUACACCGCGGUAUGGGGUCGGUAUUAUCUGGAAACUCGACCAAGUGAAAGGAAGUUGCUCUGGUCUGCAGCCAGCUGUACGACAGACUUCGAAACCCAUUACCACAAGAUGAUCAUCUCGAGUCCGGAAAGUGUGGAGCAAAAGAAAAUUGGAAUAGCCCGGUUGUAUGAGCAGAACCCCGAAUUGGUCCAGCCCAUUUUUGAAAUGAUAACAGAGAACAUUGUGGUCCUGGCUUAUGACUUCCAAAGUUGGGAGGACACGGCAGAGGUGAUCAGCGACAUGGCGGAGUACUUCACCACCCGGCAGCAGCAGCAGUUGUUCCAGGAAUUCUACGAUGUCAACCACCAGUACUUCGGGAAAUCGGCGGCGGUGCUCUCGAAGUCCCUGGAAUCGGUGAAAGAAAACAUAGCCUGGGCCGAGGAUCAUCUGGAAGGUUUGGUCCAAUAUCUAGAGAGAAGGAAUGCAGGAUCCAUUCAGGGAGCAACUUCCAUAUUGGUCCUGCUACUGGCGGUGGUGGCCAACCUUUUGGCCUGGCUCUGAUUAGCUAAUAAGUUGUGGAGAAAUAAAGAGAUUGCCGUUGCGCCAUUGCGCUGCGGGAUGAAA